CACCUAGAUAAUCAGGCCUGAGUGUUCAUGGGAUAACUGUUGUCCGCCAUUACAGUAGUAGUCAUAUGGUGUUAAGUUAGGUGCUUAUACUUACAAUCGUAAUUAAAUUGAAAUAUUGGGUAAUUUGGCAGGUAAUUUUCUUAGAAUAUUUGGGUUUGUUGUUUGUUUAAUGUGCUACGGAAGCAUUUUAUAAAUAUUAGGGAUUUGUAGGGAUUUUAUAAAUAUUAGAAAUUGUUAUAAGGUCGUGAAAAAUGCCGUACAGGUGCUGUGUAACAGGUUGUAAAGGCAACUAUCCGACUGGACCAAAAGUUCAAGUAUUUUCAUUUCCAAAGGAAGCUGAAUUGGCAGAAAAAUGGAAACGAGCCAUUCCUAGAGACAACUUAAUUGUCAGCAAAACAACAAAGGUGUGUGAGCAACAUUUUCAUCCAUCUGAAAUUGUAAGGACAUCAACAGAUAGUUCAAGAAAUAAAGGAUGCCCUCGUACCCUGGUACGACCAUCUUUACUACCAACAGCAGUUCCAUCUAUUUUUCCAAACUGCCCAAAAUACUUGAGCAAAUCAACAACUUACAGAGAGAGUCCUCAAGUAAAGAGACAAAAGUUGGAAGAAGAAAAUCUUCAGAAAGCAUUACAAGACAGUUUGAAAGAAAGAGAAAAUUACAUGGAAGCUAGAAAAUUAUCAUCAUUAAGUGAUUUACAACAGAAAUUAUCAAUGUUGAAGCUUUCCAAUUUCUGGAAUGUUAUUACAAGUCUUGAUUCAAUAAUGUUCUUGAAUAUUGACAAAAAAUCUGCACCAGUAAUAACAUAUUCUGUUGUUGUCAAUGAACAUCUUGAUUUAUUGGUGUUUUUAUAUAGCCAUCAUAUAAAAGAUAUGGGCAAGGACAGUAAAUUUGUAACUAAGAUAUCAAAUGUAACUGAACUUGUUGAUUUAUUGGAAUUAAUUGAAAAGACAGUCACAGAAAUUAAGAAUCCAAAUAAUGUUGAAGUGAUUUUAAAUUUUGUAGUAAAUGUUUUAAAGUCUUUAGAUCUAUCUGAAUUUGAGAAAAGGAAGAAUGUCAACUUUAUCAUUGAACAAAUGUCAUUAAUAAUUUCUAAAAAAAUUGUAUACAGUCCUUCAUUUAUGAUAUUCUCAUGUUUGCUCCAUUCUAUUUCACCAUGUGCUUACAAAUUUAUCAGACAGGCUGGAUUUUUUAUCAGUCCUCAUCCAUGUACAAUCAGAAAAGUUUGUUCUAAUUUACAUUUGGGGCCCCAAAAAGAGCAAUGUGAAGACAACUUUUUAUCAUAUGUGAACAGAAAAUAUACAUUUUUACAACCUCAUGAGUAUUAUAUUAAUCUGUUGAUAGAUGAAAUACACUUAAAAGAGUAUUUUGAUUACAAAAAUGGAAAUUUGGUUGGCAUGUCAAAUAAUAAUACAUUGGUUACUGCAAAUGCAGCUCAAGUCUUCAUGAUAGCUAGUAUAUUAAGUAAUUUCAAAGAUGUUGCUCACAUUUUAGGAGUCAAUAAAGUGACGGGUAAUUGUUUGCAUCAGUGGAUCAGAAAAAUUAUUCUAGGACUGGAAGAAAUAGGAUUUAAAGUUGUUUCUGUCAUUUCAGAUAAUAAUGCUAUUAAUAGAAAAGCCAUGUCUUUAUUUGCUGAUCCUCCAGAUGUUACUUUUAUGUAUAAACACCCUAAAGAUAUGACUAGAACUUUAUUCUAUGUUAUUGAUCCAGUGCAUAUAAUGAAAUGUAUAUGGCAUAACUGGUUGAAGCAAAGAGAGCAGACCUCCAUGGUUUAUCCGACAUUUGAGGGAGAUGAUAAUGUCAUUCAUUAUGCUUGUUUUGAUACUUUAUUAAAAAUGUAUGAUCUCGAACAUGAUAAAUUGGCAAAGUAUUGCCAUGGUCUUUCAUUAAAGGCUUUGCGUCCCAAUGCUUUUGAAAAACAAAACGUGAAACUGGUAUUGCAAAUUUUCAAUGAUCUCACUUCAGAGUCUCUUCUAACUCUAGGCCCUAAUCAUUUGCUUCCCCACUAUAGAGAAACAGCUGUUUACAUCAACAUCUUCGUAAAAUGGUGGAAAAUUGUUAAUGUUAAAACACCUGGCAAAGGAAAUAGGUUAAAUGAUGAUUUCAUGUGUCCCAUAACAGAUUAUGCAGACGACAUCAAAAUUGUAUAUCUUAAAGAAAUGUUACAAUGGCUAGAAAAAUGGAAGAAAAUGAAUAUAAGUUAUCCAAAAGGCUCAUUGACGAAAGAAACCCAUUUGGCUCUAACACAAACUACAGAAGCACUUAUACAUUUGUCCAAAUAUUGUUUAAGUGAGAUGAAUUGUUCAUACUUUUUACCUGGCAAGUUUCAAACUGACCUCCUAGAAGAUCGGUUUGGACAGUACAGACAAUUAAGUGGUGGCCAAUAUAAUAUCAGUAUUAGACAAGUGUAUGAAGUUGAGAAGAAACUUCGUUUACAAUCCGUGAUCAGAUUAAACUUAAAGUCAGAUGUUUUUGGUGCAAUAAGCUUCAGUGAAAUAAAAGAUGUCUUCUCCGAGCCUCCACAAAUUCUCAAGGACAUAGUGGUACCUCCCUUAUUUAAUGAAAUUUAUGUAACUUUGGCAGAAAUUGAAAAUUACAAUGAAGAUUUGCCUAUUUUGACAUACAUUGCAGGGUACUGUUGCUAUUCCGUACUGAAAAAGUUAAAAUGUGAAUUUUGUAAAGAUAUGUUGGUGUUAAGCGAGGUUUUGGAAGAUGAAGAAUUGUAUUCCUUAAUAACAAAUGUUAGUCGAGGUAAACUCCUCUUUCCUCAGUCUCAUGUCAUCAGUGUUGUUGUUGUUACAUAUUUAAUUAUGAAAAAAAUUUGUGAAAAAUUUGAAUCAGAUUUUCUCAAAGUACAGAACCAGAGAGAGUUAGUUACAUGUCUCACUUUAAAUUCAAUUGUCUCCAGUGAAUUACUUUGGGAAGGAUCCUGUUGUGAAAAUUUUCAUUUUCCUGAAGAUAUUUGUAAGAAAAUAGUAUGGAUUUCAACAAACAUCUUUUUAAAUAAUUACUGUAGAAAGAAAAAUCAGACCAUUACCAAAGAUGCAGUACCUAGGAAGAAAAAGAUUUUUAGUAAAUCCAAUUAAAGUUAGUAAAAUAAAAGCAUUCUAUCAAAUAAUGCUGUGGCUGUAUGUUGGUGACUGUUGAGUAACUGCUCGAUUUAUGGUUAUGUGAACGAAAAUUCUAAAAAAUAUCAUACAAAAUUAUUUGAAGAAUGACAUCAGUUAUAUUCUUGAACAGCAAUAAGACAUUUUUUAUGUUAAUAAUUUCUAGGUUAAUAUUUAGUACUCUUUUUAUUAAAUAUAUCAAAUACAAACACAUUGUGAGUUCCAUAUCUAUUUCUUCUUUUUAUUCUAUAUCAAAUCCAUUAAUCAGCCGAAGCUUUUCGACAUACAUCUGAUGUCUUUAUCCAGGGAGAAUUUAAAAGUGUAAAAUGUUAAAAAUUGUAAAUUGAGUUUUUGUAUAAAAUUCUACCUUGGUAGAUAAUAGAAUGAGAAGUGCAAAUAAAAACUUAUAAUUUACUUGUCUAUAGUUCGUAUAUUUAAUACACUUAUUAUUUAAUAAUACUUUUAAAAUUUAAAAUCUCAAAGAAAAAUUAAACUGUACUUUUUGUUAUUACACAACGUUACGAUAACUCUAAAUAAUAAACAGGAGGAAAUAAUCUAACAAGUAAGUUGAACCCCCGUGCUUCCCUGCCGGUAUCGAGUUGUUAUGACUACUCUUGUAAGCUCUACUUUCGAGAGCACAGGCCUGAUUAUC